CCAAGCCCAUUGAAUAAGGAAAAAAGAAGCCACGCCUACUUGUAUCUUGAAACAAUGAAAAAGUAAUUUGGUUUAUAGACAUUUAGUCAUCAAUGUUUAACAUCAAUCAAGCUUGGUCUUUUUGUUAGACUUUGCCUAAGGUGUACAGACCUAAACAACAACAUUAGAACGUCGGAUGAGCUACACUACAUGUGCUGAAGAAUUUCAUCUUGAAACAGGAAUGAUGUUACGUUUAAACCAAAUGAUUGUUAUGAUGUUGCCUGCAGUUGUGCUGAUUGGACAUCAAUCUACAGCAGACCCAACAACAACACCUGAAAUACCUCCCAUGGCAGUCUUGCCACACCUGCAUGGUUUGACUGAUGCAGCACAUCUGGGCCUACAUACUAUCGCAUGUUCAGACUGCAUUAUUCCAUUACGUUUAAAUAAGAAAAAAAAGCGUGGCUUUGAUCUCAAAAAUAGAUGCUGUAUUAUUACCUAUUCACUACAAGAAAAUGAUCAGCAAAAUCGUGCAAUGCUAGCAUAUAUUCAUUCCAUAAAUUGCUUUUCAAAUUGUAAACACGCAUAUAAGCUAUUUAACAUUGAUGAAAGAAAAACUUGUGUUAAAGAAGCAUUGGCAGAUGCUGUAUGGGAUGGAUUCGGCAAAUAUGAUAUUCAGCGUCAGCUCUUUUGUUCCAGAAGAGACAACAAAUGUCUUUCUUUGGAAGUAGAUCCAAAUAUUUACAUUCAAAACUGUUGUUCAAUUUCUAAGAAGAUCUUGGAAUACAAAUGUAAGUCAUAUAAGAAGUGCAAAAAACAAUCUCUAAUUGAAUAAGAUAAAAUAAUAUAAAUAACAAAUAUAUAGACACAGAGAUGAAAAUGAGAGAAGGACAUAUUGAUAAAAAGAAGAUCAUUGAAUACUUACAAUACAAAAUUGAUUUAAAAUGUAUAACAUAAAAAUGUUGUAUGACAAUGUAAUAUAAUCAUACUUGUCUGUUAACAGUAAUAAAUAAAUUAUCUAUAAAUAG